GAAACCCAAACAGUGGCAGAGCGUCCAGAGCAGACAUUUCAGUUUGUGUCCGAUUCAGUUCCAGAUCAAGACCCGAAUCGGACCCAGUGUGCCACAACGCACAACUCGCCUACGUCAGCAAUAUCACGUUGUGAAUCCAGCAGUUGGCCUGAAGUCUUGGCCAAAACGGAUAAAUCCUCUUCUGAAUUACCUGUUAUUUCACCUGCCAGAGCGAUGGCAAUCAAACCUGGACUCGGUCGCAAGACCAGCAAUAAAAAUCCGCCUAUCCUAAGCCACGAGUUCGUUAUCCAAAACCAUGCGGACAUUAUAUCUUGCGUGGCCAUGGUUUUCGUGGUUGGUCUGAUGAACGAAUCGACGGCAGCGUUUGCGAGUGCGUUUAUAUCCCUGCAUCAUAAUGUCAGCGGCGAGGAUCCCAGCAGAGAGCAGCCAUAUGGCAAGGCCUAUACCUACAUUGCCGGGAUCAAGGACUACUGUGCGAUAUUCUUCUACACCCUUACCUGCAUUAUCAUGCACGCAAUUAUCCAGGAGUUCGUGCUGGACAAAAUCAGCAAAAAGCUGCAUUUGUCCAAGUUUAAGCUGGCCCGCUUUAACGAGUCCGGUCAACUGGUGGCCUUUUAUUUACUGUCCUUCGUCUGGGGCGCCCAUGUCUUGCUCAAGGAGGGCUACCUCGGCCAGGUAGCCCAGCUGUGGGAGGGCUUUCCCGAUCAUCCGAUGAGUUUCCUGCACAAAUUCUACUUUGUUGUGCAGCUGGCCUACUAUCUGCACAUGCUGCCGGAGCUUUACUUCCAGAAGAUCAAGACCAAGGAGGAGCAGCAGCCCAAGAUUGUGCACUCGGUCAGCGGCUUCACCUUGAUUGUCCUGGCCUAUACUCUGAGUUUCCAGCGAUUGGCUUUGGUUUUGCUGACGCUCCACUACUUCAGUGAACUGUUGUCGCAUGUCUUCCAGCUGAUCGGCGUCUUCGAUCGCGAGGAGCGACUGGCCAAGCUGCGAGUGGUUAACAAUGGCGUCUUCUUUCUGAUCCGCUUCGCUACGUCAGUGAUUGGAGUGCUCACCCUGUACUAUGGCAUUGGUGGAGUCAGAUCCUUGCUAGCCUUGGGCGGUCUGAUUGCCCUGCAGGGCUACUUGGUGUUCUCCUUCAUUACGGAGCAGCUGCGCGCUAAGCGGGAGGCCAAGAAGGAGGCCAAACGGGAGGCCAAGCUGGCGCUGCAAACUAAGAAACCCGCCAAGACGCCCAAGGACAAGGUCAAGCGCAAGAAGGAGAGCGACCUGCCCGAGGCGGACCAAACUUCGCCAAGUCCCAUUAAGCAGAAACUCAAGUGAGAGUUCGGGAACACACAAAGCAACAAAAUCUUCCGCACACUUCCAAUCCCAAACAAAUGAGAGAUGGAGCAGCACCAUAACAGGAGCCUUGAGUAUAUAGUAGAUAUAUGGCCACGAUUAAAAACCACGGCUCCAUGUUUUUGUAAAUCUCGUUAAGCUCAAAACUACUACUGUAUACAUUUCUGCUGCAUUUACUUCCUCGACACACAAAAGAAACUAUUUCUUAGCCUAAAUGUUUUAUUUCAUUUUAAGUGAACGUCAUUUUUUUAAACCAAUUUUUUUUAUUUUUAUAUAUACACAAAAAUUAAAAAAAAAUACAAAAAAAACUAUUGUAACCUGUGUUUUUUAAUUGUUUUUCCUUGAUCGUCCUAUUUGCAUGUAAAACUAUUUUUUAUUAAAACGAAAGAAAGAGAGAACUUAACAAAGGGAAUAGAUGAAAAAGAACAAGAUUGUACCGAAUUAAACAAAAUAUUUGCUAAAUAUAUAUUUUGUAUAAGAAACUGGUAAA